CCAAAAUGAGAGGCCUGGUCUGUAGAUCGCACGUGAAUGAAGACUCUUCUCACCGAUCGCGUCAUCACGUAUUGUUGACUAUUGCUAUCGUCGUCUUUCCCUUGCGUACAGCUGCUAAACCUGUCUAUUGGUCGUCGCGGUCAAUGUAUUGUUGCCGGGUACUCGAUUCCUCCAUCUCCCAUCUCCAGCCAACCUCGGCCCAACAUCGAAAGCCAUGACGUCUUCCGCUUCUAAUCCCGAAAAGUCGCCAGCCUCCAAUGUCGAAAACGUCAAAGUUGAAGACUUCAAAACGCCGUCGAACAGCCAAGACUCCAUCGAGCAGGAUACCUUGACUCACAACUCCGACAACUCACCUACCUCGGGCGAUGAGGCCGACUGCAGUGCUCCGCCUGUCCCCUCCAAGUAUGAAUCCAGCUGGAUCCGUAGGGUGCUGACACCUAAAAACUGUCGAUGGGAUGUCAACUCUCCGCCGGCCCUCACAGUGUCCCAGUGUGUUCUCUAUGCCAUGGCCUCAACCUUCACAGUCGCCAAUCUCUACUACAACCAGCCAAUUCUUAAUAAAGUGGCUUCAACCUUUAAUGUCACUUACGAAGAGUCUUCUCAAGUUGCAACUUUGAUGCAAGCUGGUUAUGCUGCGGGCCUCGUCUUCGUCCUUCCCCUGGGUGACAUGUUGGAAAGGCGACCGUUUAUCAUCUCUCUCAUCGUCGCAACGGCUACAUUGUGGAUUGGUCUCUGCGUGACCAAUAGCUUUACCGCCUUUCGAGCAUUAUCCUUCAUCUGCGGAGUUACCACCGUAACACCGCAGCUGAUGAUUCCCUUGGUCGGGGACUUCUCUCCUCCCCAUCGCAAAUCGUCUUUGUUGUCUAUCGUCGUGUCUGGGUUGAUUCUUGGCAUGCUAGUCGCCAGGGUCCUUUCCGGCGUCGUUGCAAACUUCACGAGCUGGAGGAACAUUUACUGGUUCGCCUGCGGCGCACAGUAUCUGCUUGCGUUGACACUUUUCAGCUUCAUGCCCGACUAUCCUUCGACAAAUCCCGAUGGCCUCAACUAUUUCCGAGCACUCUGGUCAAUUCCUUACAUGAUGCUCACGGAGCCGGUGCUCAUCCAGGCGUGCCUGAUUGCCUUUUGCCUCUCGUGUAUCUUCACCUCCUUUUGGACCACGUUGACCUUUCUCCUCGCCUCCCCGCCUUAUGACUACUCAUCUCUACAGAUUGGAUUAUUCUCAUUCACUGCUGUUGCUACAAUCGUCAUGAUCCCCUUCAUCGGAAGGAUUAUCGACCGCUUCGUGCCGCUUCUGUCGACAUUGACCGGUCAAGCUAUAGCCUUGACUGGCACAAUCAUUGGAACAUUUAUUAGCACUUUUACAAUAGCAGGGCCAAUUAUACAAGCCAUCGGAAUUGACAUCGGCGUACAAACAGCGCAGGUUGCAAACCGAGCUGCCAUUUUCAACAUCAACCCCAAGGCGAGGAACCGAGUCAACACCGCAUAUAUGGCUUGCGCCUUUCUAGGUCAAUUGACAGGCACGGCAGUGGGAAACAGACUCUAUGCCCAGGGAGGUUGGAGGCAUAGCGGGGGAUGCAGCAUUGGAUUUGUUUGUGCAGGCAUGAUAUUCGCCCUGGCGAGAGGCCCUAGAGAGACAGGCUGGGUCGGAUGGAAAGGAGGUUGGAGCCCACGGAAAGACUCGCCCGCCCCUCCGGUUCAGCAAAAUCUGGAAUCAGGGACACAGCCCAAGGAAAACAAUUAAUAUAGAAUCAAGAGCACAUGAUUUUUGGAAAAGCCGAUUUAUGAAAUAUAGGUCUUUUGUGCCGAUUACCGCCCGAGGUACAUGGUGGCAUAGAGAAGCAUCAGAUGACGGCAAAGGGACGGGACAACGACGUUUCAAUUUUUCAUCACUUAUUAUACAUAAUUAUCCUGACGAUAUUGAGUAAAGCUAAACUAAAAAAAAAAAACCAAAUACA